CGGCCCGGAAGGAGCGGUGCCGCCAUGGCGCCGCCCGUGGGGUACGCGCUGCUGUGCGGGCAGGCCGCGCUCCUGCUGGGGAAUCUGCUGCUGCUGCACGGCCGCGGCCUCCCCGGCAACGACACCGAGCCCCACCGGGAGCUGCCCCCGGGGCCGCCCGCCGCCGCCUGGGCCUACAGCGACCCGCGGGCGCCGCUCGUCCUGUGCACGUACCUCCCCGAGGAGUUCGUGGAGUGCGAGGAGCCGGUGGAUCACGGCGGGAACGCCACGGCCCAGCAGGAGCUGGGGCACGGCUGCGUGAAGGUACACCGGACACUACUUCAUCACCACCCUGCUCUACUCCUUCUUCCUGGGCUGCUUCGGCGUGGAUCGCUUCUGCCUGGGCCACACGGGCACUGCCGUGGGCAAGCUGCUGACCCUGGGGGGCCUGGGCAUCUGGUGGUUCGUGGAUCUGAUUCUGCUCAUCACGGGCGGGCUGAUGCCCAGCGAUGGCAGCAAYUGGUGCACCGUGUACUGAGCGAGGGCAGGGCUGGCCCGGCUGCAGCUCUGGAGAUCUCUGCUCGCCCCAAGCAAAGCCCUGGCACAGGGUGGACUCACAAAACUGUUACUCAGUGUGCAGAACAGUUACUCUUGAUAAUGACUCUGUACCAGCCUUGGACACAAAGUUAUGCAGGAUAUAUUUUGCUUGUUUAAAAUAAUCUGGCUUCCCCCUGCAGAUAGCGACAGCUUAAGGAAUCAGACGUUACAAACACAGAGGGUCAAACAAACCUUAAUAAAAUCUGGAAGAAGCUGACUCCACGUGCUUUGGGGAU